CAGUAGCUGGAGCGGCUAGAAAGUAGAAUGAAGUACCGGCAUGUCCCAGUCCCAGCCUCAUAUACAUAGUGAGCUGAUCAAAGGGGGGUUCACACCUCACCGACUGUCCGUUGGUUCAAGAAAGACUGUUCGUUGAACUAAUACUUCGUUCAUCCUUGCAUUCUCCAUUGGAUGGUUAUGGCGACACUCAGCUGUUGGUUGAGAGUACCGCUAAACUGCUUUUUCCUGUCCUAGAGGCCUUUCAAAACUAACACGAUAAUCCGAGAAGAUAUCUAGUACCGCGCAGUCAUCGCUGGGAAGAGGUGCACCACUUCUCACUGCCUUCUGCCGGAAUGACCGCUAAGCCCAUGGCGGCCACCCAGCGUUGUGUUGCAGCGCUAUGGCUGCUGUUCCUAUGUACAGCGGUAAACCGGGUGGCGUCACAGAGUAUUGUGAGCUUGGCUGGAGGAUCACCAGAGGCAAAAAAAGAUAGCUUUUACCUAGUGGACGGCAAACUAACGCAACAGAUCAUCGACGACGACAAGGGAUUGCAGAAUAUUAGCGCAAGCCUUUCUCGACUGCAGGUGAUGUUCAACGACAGAAUCAUCGGCUAUACAGAAGAUACGUGUGUUGAAGCGGCCACUCCACAGCAAAGCCAGACUGGUCCAACAAAGAUUACCUUCGAGGAGGUCUCCACUCAGCUUGGGAUUACAGUGCAGCAUCGCACACAGAAGCCAGUGCGGCCGUACUGUCUCUUUCACUACGAGGUCACUAACCGCAACAACUCUGGUGUUUCCCGACUGGAUGGGGAGUUCUGUGUCCCGGAGCAUAUCACAGGGGCGGCUGCAGCCGCUGAUUACGACCGUGACGGCCUUGUCGACUUGUUCUUCACCAACGCCGAGGGUCCCAGUGUGCUAUACCGUAAUACUGGUAGUGGAUUUGAGGACGUGACAAGCCGCGUCGGCCUUGGUCCUUCCAAGCAUGGCAGCGGUGCAGCAUGGCUUGACAUUGACAGUGACGGCGAUCUGGACUUGUACGUCACCACGGUUGGCCACACAAGACAUUAUCUAUACGUCAACAAGGGUGGUGUGUUCUUGGAAGAGGCAGUGCUCAGGAACAUCGACUUGGCAGAGCAGGAUGGGCGAAAGCUCAGCGGCAUGACACCCAACGUUGGAGACUACGAUCGAGACGGCUACCCUGAUGUCUAUGUUUCUGAGUGGUCUCUACCAUACCUUGGAAAGGUGUCGGCAAGUCGCCUCAUGCAUAACAAGGGAAGAACUGCACCUGGGACGUUUGAAGACGUGACCACACAGUCUGGUGUUACAAUGCCCUCAACUUACAUGUUCUGUUCAUCAUUCACAGACAUGGACAAUGAUGGAUGGGGAGAUAUCAUCAUAACCGCUGACUACGGAGACUCCAAGAUCUUCUGGAAUAACAAGAAUGGCACCUUCAAAGAGUGUACUGCUGCAUGUGGUGUCACAGUGCGGGCUGACGCCAUGGGUCACAGUAUGGCGGACUGGGAUAUGGAUGGCGUGAUGGACUGGUGGAUGACUGCCAUACAUGGAGGCAAUAAAUCUGUCAACUGCGAUGUUGUCGGCUGCACGUUCUCAAACACUGGUAACCUCUUCUACCGCAACAAGGGCAAUCGUCGUAUGGAGGACUUGACAGAUAAGAUUGGUAUCCGCGAAGGCUACUGGGGCUGGGGAAAUUCAAUGUUUGACUUCAACAAUGACCGAUGGGUCGAUUUCAUCAUGACCAAUGGCUUUGAUACUGCAUCCACCACAGUCGAUGAUCUAUACAAGCAAACACCGUCGCGGCUCUGGGAGAAUCGUGGACCAAAGUUCAAUCUGAGUGCAGUCGAGCGAGCUGUUCACUAUGGCAUCAAUCACACUGCAGAGGGAAGAGGUCUCCUAACAGUGGACAUCGAUGAUGACGGUGAUGAAGACGUUAUUAUCAUCAACGCCAUAGGAACCCCGACAGUGUUGAAAAAUCAGGGUGGAAACCGUAACAAGUGGAUCAAGAUCAAGGUCCGACACGCGUGCCCCAAUGAUGCGGCACUGUCGUGUGACAGUCUGGGUUCAAGGGUUUAUGUAACGUCAACUGACGGCUACACACAGAUGCAAGAAAUCGGCUCUGGAUCACAGUUCAUGGCGCAGAAUGAGCUGACGGCACACUUUGGCCUUGGCAAUCUCACUGAUAACGUUGCUGUGAGGGUCACGUGGCCAUGGCUGGGCAAGUCAGUGAAUAUCUCUGAUGUACCGCCGAACAGCAGACUACGUGUUCUUGCGCCACCAAAAACAAGUGCAACAUCUCGGACGUAUGGGUCUCUGCAGCAGUGUCCCAAGGUCCUGCUCUCCAGUGUGUCCAAGCUUGAUAACGGAGUGAAUUUGACUGUCAAUCCUGAUAACCGCACCAUAUCCGUGCAAAUCCCGCCGGAGAUGACGGAUAUUUCAGCCGGCAAAUUCACCAUCUCAUUCAACUAUACAAUCCAGUUGGUAUCGUCAUCAGCCAGCUUAAAGACCAGUACGACCACUGUAGAGAUAGCAAGCACCCAACUACCGAUUUCCCAUCACCUGUUAGUCAACUGCAAAACAGCCCAGUACACACCGACCAUAGCUCUGCCGGGACUAACACACAGGGAAAUAGCUGGCUUUGGUAACAAUCAGAAGAACCCAAUCUGGGGUGCGUCCGGUGCCAACCUACGCCGAGAGGUCCCCCAGGGAUACUCGGACAGUGUGGCAACCCCUAGUGGACAGUGCACGCAGACGAUGAGGAUCAACGGCCAGUGCACGUACCCGCUGGAGAACACACGGGAUGGUUCCGUACGGCCAUCACCACGCAAUGUCAGCAAUGUCGUCUUCCAGCAGGUCAGGAACGUGUACAGCUCCAGAGGACUGAGUGAUAUGCACUCUCAUUUCGGGCAGUUCCUGGCUCACGACACUGAUUUCUCCAGUCCUCUUCCAAGAUUUGAAACUGACCUUGACCGAGGUGACGUGUGGUUUCCCAUCGGCAUUCCAAAGGGUGAUGUUCACUUCGAUCCUUAUGUUGAAGGCAGCAAGUUCAUGAGCUUUGUCCGCACCACUUACUCAAGAUGCACUGGACGUUCCUUCAAGCGCCCUCGUGAACAGUUCAACAAGAUCUCCUCAAUCAUCGACGCAACACAGCUGUAUGGCGACGAAGACCGACUCAAACUGCUGCGAACGCACAAGAACGGGAAGCUAAUCGUAGACAAGAUCCAGGGAGAGGAGUAUAUUCCACUGAAUCGCAUGGGCCUGGCCAAUGACAACCCUGUUGGUCGGCCCAGUCAAUACCUGUGUGUGGCUGGUGAUACUAGAGCUAAUGUCCAGCCUGGUUUGAUCGUGCUCCACACGCUGUUUGUACGCGAGCACAAUCGCCUCUGUGAUCUCUACAUCGCCCGCAAGCCCACGGCACUGGACUUGGAAGUAUUUGAAUAUGCUCGCAGGAUUGUCAUAGCCGAGCUGCAGGCUAUCACAUACAGAGAGUACUUGCCAGCGUUGCUUGGGCAGGACCUGGCUAAGUACACUGGCUACGACUCCAAGGUUAAUCCCAGCGUCAGCAAUAUCUUUGCAACGGCUGCUUUCCGAUUUGGUCACUCACAAGUGAACACCCAUCUGUGGAGAUUUGAUGAGAAUGGCAGUGUACCACACGUAGGGCAUGUUGCCCUGAGGGAGGCCUACUUUACACCUGAGAGAGUGAUGCACGAAGGCGGUGUAGACCCGUAUCUACGCGGAAUGGUGGAACAGCGUGCGCAAGAAAUUGACACACUGAUGAUUGACGACAUGAGGAAUGUGCUAUUCCCCGUGGGAAGACGUGAUGGCUUGGACUUGGCAGCAUUGAAUAUCCAGCGAAGUCGCGACCAUGGUAUUCCAGACUACAACACAGCACGGAAAGAAAUCCUCAGCAAAUUCUAUCAAGAUAUUGCGCAGAUCACAAAGAACACGACAGUCGUGUCCCAGUUGAAGGCUGUGUAUCCCAGCGUUGACGUGCUAGAUGCCUGGGUUGGUGGGCUGGCUGAAGAUCAUGUCAGCGGAUCAGAACUUGGCCCAAUGUUUCACAAGAUCAUAGUGGCGAAUUUUGAAGCCAUUCGCAACGGCGAUCGCUUCUGGUACGAACGCAUCAUGAAUAAAUCCGAGAUUGAGAUGAUACACAACCUGACGCUGACCGAAAUCAUUAAACUCAACACGGGAGUCAAGAGCUACCCGAGCAAUCCUUUCUUCGCAACACGCUUCUGCAAGUCGGUGCUAAACCAUCAAUGUGUCCCCGUGGACAAGCCAAGCUGUCCUGGACAGAGCUCAACCACUAACCCACCAACAAUGGCGUCGUUUUCACCUACGGGAAUUCCUAGUGGUCCACCGGAUACCGACUCUCAACCAGAUAUUCCCACGCCAUUGCCUUGUGUGGCGAAUGGGACACUCCCCACGUCACCCUGUUGUACAGACCAUGUGUUGUGCGAAGCCAGCCUAGCAUCGGUACAGAGAAGUUUAAACAUGACCCUUGCAGAUGUGCACAGAUAUCAAGAAACCAUACAAAACUUGACGAAUGCGCGGACGGAAACACUGGUAUUGUUGGCCAACUGCACACUAAGAGCCACACAGUCUGAGCAGGAUCGUGCAAGACUGUCGACACUCUCCUCCAACUUGCAGGCCACCAUCUCCAACUUGAGAGCAACGGUGACAACACUGCAAGGAAACAUCUCCAGUUCAUCGCAGACCAUGGAGUUGCUGAAGAAGGAGAUUGUGAACCUUCGCCUGAAAGUUGGAGGCUUGGAGAAUAGUGUUCAUCUAUGCCUUGGCAAUGCCUCGCUCACUCUGGGACAGUGCCUGAUAAGCCAGAAGACCCUCAACGCAUCAUUAGUGCAGGCGGAGCAGGAGAACACGCAGCUCACUGCUGAUCUGCAGAGCUGCCAGGCUGAUCUCGUACUGGAAAAGCACACAUCCAGCGAGCUGCGACGAAACCUCUCCAAUGUUUACAAUACAGCUCAGCUUGUGCGAACUGAUCUCACUUCACAACUGAAACAACAACAGUUGUCAUGCAACAGCAAUGCUAGCAGUCUGCUAAACCAACAUGCCAUCUCAGCAUCCAACAUGUCGUCACACCUCAACGCCUGCCGUGCAGACUCUGCGCAAUACAUGCAGAUGGCAUUGGAGCUCUCUGCAAAGAACGCAAACAUUUCGAGAAAACUGACCAGCGCCAAGUCAGCGGCAAUGACAUGCAGCAUGCACUGGAAUGUAGCAAUGGCAAACCUGUCACGCUGUGAGGCACAGCUAACAGGUCUCAACAAACAGCUGAACACUUCAAGCCAAGAGAUUGGCAUUGCACGGAAUAACUUCACGCGGUGCUUAUCAAGACUUAGCAGCGAUCAACAAGAACUCGUCUUGGCUAAGAGUAAUCUAUCGCAGUGUGUGGUGACGCAGCAGAAUAUCACACAAGUCCUGACCAGCACAGAACACCGCUUGGCAAGCACAGAAGCUCAGCUUCAUACCUGCACUGCUCGAUUGAACAGCAUUGCAACAGGUACGCCAGCUACAACACCAGACACUACACAGACACCUGGUAUGACAUCAUCACCACCUGAUAUGACAUCAUCACCCCCUGGGGUGCCAUCAUCGCCACAAGCUAUCACGAGCUAUGCUGACACCACCUCUCACAGGACCCACGGCAACGGCGGAUCCUCUUCUCACUGGAUAUCACGUGAUCAACUAACGGAGUGGCGUGAGAAAUACGAAAAGAACAUCACAUGGCACAGGGAACGCCUGCACAACGUCUCCAACCUGUACAGUGCAGAGCUUUCACAUAGCCAAGAUCUUGAAGAACAGCUAAGCAGUGCCCAACAGGAUAUGAGUGAGCACAACACCGGUUACAACACUAGCAUGUGUCUAGAUCCAUGGAGAGUCAUGUAUGACACGUACCAAGGUCGCAUCGUGAUCAGUGUGGGAGGUGGUUUCUUUCUUCUCUCCGUCUUGCUGAGUAUUGUCCUGUGCUGCAAAGGCUGCAGACGGACUGGGCCUCGUCCCGUCGUGCGUAAAGGCAUUCAAGGAAGGGCGUUCAAUAAGCGGCGAUACUCCACCACGGAGAAGCCGAUUAUUCUGAACGAGUUUCCGCAAGAUAACCAGCUCUACUGACCCACGCUGAGUCGUGAUGCGGCCGGUGGAAGAAGAUUAUGCAUGUCUGAACCACGCUAUGUACAUGUGUAGCAAUUUAUUCCACAUUCUCCGAAGGGCACCGAGCAAGUAUUUAUCGCUUUUACGGGGACUCCUAAUUUGAUGACUGUAUGCGAAUUGUUAAGUAGGCCUUAGCCCGAACUACAUGGUGUCAUCGACAACCAGUGUAUCAGACUGAAUGAGAGAUAUGCAUGCUAGGACCAUUGAAUUUCCCCUUUAUAUAGAUGUUCUAGCUCUUACCGUCACUGCAUGCACUGUUCUAUACCAGUAGCCACACUAAUAGCAGCAGCUUAUAGUACAGUGUAGUCCAACACUCAGACCGUUCGUAUCACCAGUAUUCUAGUUUCCAUUCACCAUAGAAAUCUAGUCACCAGUUCAAAAUACCUGCCCCGUCACGUCGGACCUUCAAAUUUCAUCUUUUUCACCUGGCUUCUCUGCCACCUCUCUAGAAAUGUGCCUACAACGCAAUUCAUGCCGCAUUGAUGUGGCUGAAAGCAAAUCCCGCCUGAUCUUUCUUAGCUUCCUUAUUAUUUUUGUCCCGCUAUUGUUCCUUGAGAUCCCCCCCCCCCCUCAUACAGACUAGCAGAGUUGUUUUCAGAUGCUCUGCAGUCAAUAGCCUUACUUCCCUCAGCUAGAUUUUGUCCAAUUCUUAUUUUGCCUUCGUGCACUGACUGGGCUGGCCACUACUACAGUGGUUGGUUGCUAACUCA